UUCUAGUUACCCACAUCCCACUGUGUUUUGGGGCCUGUACUUCCUCUAAGGUGUGAGAGUUUGGUCGUUUCCUUCUGAGGGCUUUUACAGGCCUGAAAAAGCUCCUCCCCUUUUCUUUUUAAGGUCCUUCAGGAGUUUUUGCAACCUUUACUGGUCUCUAAAAGAAUCAUUGUCAUUUAUCUUUCACAUUUAAGUUUAUGAUUUAUCUGGAAUUAAUUUUUGUGUGAGAUGUGAGGUUAUGAUGGGACUGUGUUAACAUUUCAGAACCUUUGCUUUUAAAUUGACAUACACUUUGUGUUAACCUAAGGUUCACAAUGGUCCGUAGUGGAAAAAAUGGUGACCUUCAUCUUAAACAGAUUGCAUAUUACAAACGAACUGGUGAAUAUCAUCCAACUACACUGCCAAGUGAGAGAAGUGGCAUAAGAAGAGCAGCAAAAAAAUUUGUCUUCAAAGAAAAAAAGCUGUUUUAUGUUGGAAAAGACAGAAAACAAAAUCGUUUGGUAAUUGUUUCAGAAGAGGAGAAAAAGAAAGUCUUAAGAGAAUGCCAUGAAAAUGACAGUGGAGCUCAUCAUGGUAUAUCCAGGACCCUCACUCUGGUAGAAUCCAAUUAUUAUUGGACAUCUGUGACCAAUGAUGUCAAACAGUGGGUAUAUGCUUGUCAGCAUUGCCAAGUGGCAAAAAAUACAGUUAUUGUAGCACCGAAACAGCACCUUCUCAAGGUGGAAAAUCCAUGGAGUUUAGUUACUGUUGAUCUUAUGGGGCCUUUUCAUACAAGCAACAGAAGUCAUGUAUAUGCUGUAAUCAUGACAGAUUUGUUCACCAAAUGGAUUGUGAUUUUGCCUCUAUGUGAUGUUUCAGCAUCAGAAGUUUCUAAAGCUAUUAUCAAUAUAUUUUUCUUAUAUGGACCUCCUCAGAAAAUAAUAAUGGACCAAAGAGAUGAAUUCAUUCAACAGAUCAAUAUUGAACUGUACAGAUUGUUUGGCAUAAAGCAAAUUGUAAUUUCUCACACCUCUGGAAGUGUUAAUCCAACGGAAAGUACACCUAACACAAUCAAAGCAUUUCUCUCCAAACACUGUGCUGACCACCCAAACAACUGGGAUGAUCACCUAUCAGCUGUUUCGUUUGCCUUCAAUGUAACUCACUUGGAACCUACUAAAAAUACACCAUAUUUUCAAAUGUUUAGUCGAAAUCCUUAUAUGCCUGAGACUUCAGAUAGUCUUCAUGAAGUGGAUGGUGAUAAUACAAGUAUGUUUGCCAAAAUUCUAGAUGCAAUUAAAGAAGCUGAUAAAAUAAUGGAGAAUAAGACAACUUCACUGGGCCAGAUGGAGAACAACAAUUUGGAUGAAUUAAAUAAAAGCAAGAUCAUUGUUAAAAAGAAACCCAAACAAUUAAAUCCAUUUCAUUUAAAAGUGGGUCAUGAAGUUUUAAGACAAAGGAAAAACUGGUGGAAGGAUGGUCGUUUUCAGUCUGAAUGGGUUGGUCCUUGUGUCAUAGACUAUAUUACAGAAAGUGGAUGUGCUGUCCUGAGAGACAACACCGGGGUUAGACUGAAAAGACCUAUCAAAAUGUCUCACCUUAAGCCCUACAUAAGAGAAUCCAGUGAACAAGAAAGUCUUUAUCUUUUGCAAGGUUCAGUAGUGGCAGAUCAUGACUACAUUGGAUUGCCUGAAAUUCCGGUUGGAGCAUAUCAAGCAAAUAUCCUGGUGGAAGAUGCAACUAUUGGUAUAGUCGAUAAUGAAUUAUUGACAUCCAGCAAGGAUCGUGAACUGUUAGAAUAUAGAAAUACGAAAAUCUCUCCAUUAAUAGACGAUCAUAGUUCUCUUGAAAAGCAGACUUUCAGUCUGUUGGACUCUUCAAACCAGGUUCUUGAAUACUUAAGUUAGUAAAUACCAAAAUUUAUUUAAAGUGCUUGUUUAGAAUGUAUAAAUUCUUAAUGAUAUCUUAUUCAUUAAAAACGUUGUAUAGAAGAAGUAUCUUGACACAUUCUUAAUGACUAUAUUCUGAAGUUUUAUUUUAUAGUUCUUAUCUAAAAUUAUGCCACAUUUGAAUAUCAGUAUACGUAUAUAUGAAGGCAAAGGAAGCAUGUAAUAUAUAGAAUUCACUUUUUCUUCUAAAAAGAGAACAGGCAAAGCACCCCUACUUCUUGGGAAAUAAAUUCCAGCCCAAAUCUCUCAAA